GGCUCCUCCGGCUGGGCUCGGCAUGAGGCUGGCGCGGCUGGUGCGGGUAGCCGCCUCGGCCGGCCCGGGCCCGGGGCUACGCGCCUACGGCCCCAGCGCCAGCCGCAGCCUCGCCUCGGAUUCGGGCUCCGGCCCGGCGUCGGAACGCGGCGUUCCGGGCCAAGUGGACUUCUACGCGCGCUUCUCGCCGUCGCCGCUUUCCAUGAAGCAGUUCCUGGACUUCGGAUCGGUGAAUGCUUGUGAAAAGACCUCAUUUAUGUUUCUGCGGCAAGAGUUACCUGUGAGACUGGCAAAUAUAAUGAAAGAAAUAAGUCUUCUUCCAGAUAAUCUUCUCAGGACGCCAUCCGUUCAAUUGGUUCAAAGCUGGUAUAUUCAGAGUCUUCAGGAGCUUCUUGAGUUUAAGGAUAAAAGUGCCGAAGAUGCUAAAGCUAUUUAUGACUUCACAGAUACUGUGAUACGGAUCAGAAACCGACACAACGACGUUAUUCCCACAAUGGCCCAGGGUGUGAUUGAAUACAAGGAGAGCUUCGGGGUGGAUCCUGUCACCAGCCAGAAUGUGCAGUACUUUUUGGAUCGAUUCUACAUGAGUCGAAUUUCAAUCAGAAUGUUACUAAAUCAGCACUCUUUAUUGUUUGGUGGAAAAGGAAGUCCAUCUCAUCGAAAACACAUUGGUAGUAUAAAUCCAAACUGCAAUGUAGUGGAAGUUAUUAAAGAUGGCUAUGAAAAUGCUAGGCGUCUCUGUGAUUUGUAUUAUAUUAACUCUCCUGAACUAGAACUUGAAGAACUAAAUGCAAAAUCACCAGGACAACCAAUACAAGUGGUUUAUGUACCAUCCCAUCUCUAUCACAUGGUGUUUGAACUUUUCAAGAAUGCAAUGAGAGCAACUAUGGAACACCAUGCUGACAAAGGUGUUUACCCCCCUGUUCAAGUUCAUGUUACAUUGGGUAAUGAGGAUUUGACUGUAAAGAUGAGUGACCGAGGAGGUGGUGUUCCUUUGAGGAAAAUUGACAGACUCUUCAACUACAUGUAUUCAACUGCACCCCGGCCUCGUGUGGAGACUUCCCGCGCAGCGCCCCUGGCUGGUUUUGGUUAUGGAUUGCCCAUAUCACGUCUUUAUGCACAGUACUUUCAAGGAGACUUAAAGCUGUAUUCCUUAGAGGGAUAUGGGACAGAUGCAGUUAUUUACAUUAAGGCUUUGUCAACAGAAUCGAUUGAGAGACUCCCCGUGUAUAACAAAGCUGCCUGGAAGCAUUACAACACCAACCAUGAAGCUGAUGACUGGUGUGUGCCCAGCAGAGAGCCAAAGGACAUGACCACGUUCCGCAGUGCCUAAGGGCGCUUGAGACGCUGGGAAAGUCCAGUGUAGUUUUUGUGUUACAUUCGGAAGGGAUGGUGUUCACAACUACAUUAUACCAAAUACUUCAUGUGUCAUUUUCACAAUUAACUCAUUGGGUAGAAUAAAUGGAAACUGAAUUCCAUUUGUGCCUAUUAAAUCUCCUAAGGAUAAAAUUAUACCUAUUUUACACAUAUAUUUUCACAGUUAACUGAACGUAUUUUUAAACAGCUGUAGUUAUGGUCAACUUUCUUCUUAUUGUGGACUUCAUAAGUGUGGAAGUCUUGAUUUCUCACAGGAAGCUGUGUAGUUUUUUAAAGAAAUACUUUACAUUUAUGUCUACUAGAAACAUUUUUUGAAUAAUAUUCAUUAGCUGGUUAGUCAUCUUUCUGUUAUUUGGAGGAGUUCUGCCAUUCUUUAUUGAGUAGUCACAAUAAGAUGGUCUUCAAGUUUUUCAGUGCCCAACUAUAGGUAAAGCAGAACAUAGUUGUCAAUGUAGUCACAGCCACCAUAGCAUCUGCAUCCAUUGUCUUAGCUCGGAAGUUAAUUGAUUGUUUUAUUAUAAUGGAUUAUAAUGACUGGUUCCCUGUGAAUCUAAGCCAAGAUCAGGGGUAGUAUGUCCUGAGUAUGCUUAGGAUUAAUGUAAGGAAAAUUUUUAUAUUAAAAACAAAACUAGCAGGUACUAAAAUUAUAGAAAAUAAAUUGAGAGUAAAGCAGUGAGUCCCCAAAACUUAACUAAUUAGUUGUUGAGAUUACCUGGGGGAGCUUUUUGAAAACAGUAGAGUUUUUCUGGGUCCUACUCCACACAUAAUGAAUCAGAACCUCUAGGGCUGGAGCCCAGAGAUCACACACUUCCAGAUGAGUCUGAUGCCUGGCCUGUUUAGAACCACUCUUUCAGGGUGAGUAGUGGUGAUGCUAGAUUUGCUAAAGUAACAGAUCUUUAGAUUUGGGUUUCCACUUAUUUGAAGGUCAGAUUUCUAGACUUUAGGAGAGACAUUGAAUCUCAGGUCUGGUGUAGUUAGGAGUAUGAUGAGACACAGAAGAGAAGGACUGUAGGAGAAUAGUCAGGUAACCAGUGGGUUACCUUGUUUUUAGUUUGUUUAAGUGAUUACAAAAAAUAUGUAUAUUUUCUAAAAUCCAGAUUUUGAGGAAAAUAGUUUGGGCUUCUUUUAAAACAAAAAAAAUACAGCAAUCCAUUGCAUUUGUGUGGUAAUUUGUAAUUUACAAAUGCUUCAUUAUAACUUUAUUGGUCUUUAAAACGAAGAGCUGUAGUGCAGGUGUUAUCAUCCUGGUUUUCACUCACAAUGACUCAGAAUCACACAGAAUUAGAACCAGAGCCCAAGUUGUCCCCAUGGAUCGCCCCAUUGGCGGGUCCAGGAGUCUUUGAAGUUUGUAUCUCACCUUCUUUUAAGGGAACAAGCAAAUACAUUGAACAUAAAUUUUGAAGUAAAAAUUUAAAUAUUUAAGCAUAGCUUCAUUACUUAAAUGGAGAAUGUUUAUUAUCUGCAGAGUAUAUUGAGUUGAAACACCUCAUUCUUAAAAGGAUUAUGUGAGAUUGACAAUUCUACAUGUCUUAUACAUGUGUCAAAUUAUCACAUUAUGUCCUAUAAAUAUGAAUGAUGUUUUUUAAAAAGCCAAGUCACACAGCACAAAAUAGACUUUCUUGAACCUGUCAGAAACUAAUUACAUAAAUUUGUGGAUUGGGAGGGGUGUUAAAGGGCAGUUAGUCCAGUGCCCUCAUUUAAGAGAUGAGGGUCCUGAGACCCAGAGGACUUGUCUUUGGCAGGAUUUAGCUAAUCUGACCAAAUAUUGGAAAAAUAGAUACCUUACCUAAUCUACUGUUCCUUAAUCAAGGGUUUUAUAAGAAGCAAUAGGAUGUGUUAAUGCAUGACUUGUGUUAAUUCAACGUAUUACAGUUUUUUAGCUUUAAAUUAAUUUUUUCUUGUAAUGAAUAUUUUAGAAUCCUUUGAAUUAAAAUAUUCACUUUCUUUCCUAAAUGAGACAUUUGUACAACUAACAUAAACUUGAUGUUUUUACUUCGGAACUAUUUUUCCCUUCCCCACAAAAAUUAGUUUUUCUCUAUUUAAGAGCUAAGAAAUUGUGUUUUCAAAGGAAAGUGAAGUUACUUUCCUUUUGCUUCUUUUAAAGGUACACAGCUUUUUUACUGUUAUUGUGGUAAUAGACAGAAAAUGGCAUACAAAAAAUAUUUUGGGAGAGUUUUUUCCUAGUUGGUUUUAAAUCAUUGAGCUACCUGAAAGGUUUUUAGAUUCUUAAAAUGAGCUAUUUUGUCUACCAGCAUUAAUGUUAUGCAGCGUGGAUAUAAAAAUAUAUUGAAGGUCAGGAAGUAGAUACAAAGUAAUUUUUAUAACCUGGGCAGUUAAUGAAUGUGCCAACAGUUUUUAGGAUGAGGUAACAAAACUAUUCUGCCCUCUACUUAAUAUCCUGGCAGGCUUUUGAUGUCUUCAUACCUAAUAGUGAUCUCUUCCUGCACUGUGAGGUUUUUACAUAAAAAUAUUUAAGUGAAAGUCUACCAUAUUAUUUUACACAAUGUUUUCUGUGUGGUGAUAAACUGAAAACAUGGAUCAACUCUUAUUUUGGAAAUAAACUGAGUUAAUUUAGAUUUUUAAAAAUAUAAUCAUGUCUUUUAAAUAGGGUUCUCUUCCAUGGAGGCUCAAUAUUCUGUAAACAUUUAAAAAAAUCAUAGUGAAGUGGCUUGUACUAAAUCUCACUAUUUUCAAUAGGAGAACUAUUGGAAUUUAGAUUUCCAAUGUGUAUAUUGUCAUGGAGAAAGUAAGAGAAGUGUGUCUGGUUUGAGUUUUUUUAGAUUUUUCAUUAUCCAAACUUACCACAGGUGACUGACUUAUUGCUUAAAUGGAGAUCUGUUGUGUGAUUUUGAAAGCUACAAAUAAAUUUGAAAUUUGAAUAA